UCCGGCACCAUGUCGACUUCCGGCUAUCCUCAGCAUGAGCGAAUCCCGGUUGUGGCAGCAAAAAGGCCUCGAGUUGGAGAUGCUCUGAUGUACGAUGUGCAUGUCCGUGUUACAAAUCAAACCCGAGAAGCUAGCAACUGACAAAUCCACCUAAUCGGUAAACGUCAUGGUUAACCGAGAUGCUAUCAGAAGUCGAUUCCAUAUCACCUAGCCAUCGCUGCACGCAGAACAAGUAACAUACAUAUACGGCUAAUAGUUGCAGCAAGUUUACACAUCAUCGAAAUCUUGUCUGCUUUUCCAAUGAUAUCAUGUCUCACGCGCUGAUCUUUGGAGCCUCUGGGAUAUCUGGCUGGGCGCUGCUCAACCAAAUCACAGCUUAUCCUACCCCGACUACCUUUUCUCGAAUCACUGGUCUUUCAAACAGACCCCUCACUCUAGAUCAAGCACAACUUCCAGCCGACUCGCGACUGAAUCUUGUGAGCGGAAUCGACCUGACUAAAUCAGUCCCUGAGGUUGUGAGGUUAUUAAGGGAAAGGGUCGAAGAUGUAGAAAGCAUCUCGCAUGUUUUCUUCACCGCAUAUAUCCAGACUGGGGACUUUGAAAGCCUGAAGAAAGUCAACACAGACCUCCUGAGAGUUGCCAUUGAAGCAGUAGAACAAGUUUCAACCAAACUCGAAUCAUUCGUUUUACAGACCGGAGGAAAAGGCUACGGCCUGGAAUUUCCCGACAAAGUCAACAUUCACGUCCCCCUCCGCGAAUCCUCACCUCGCAUCCCCGAACCCUACGCCAGCAAAAUCUUCUACUACACCCAAUACGACCUCCUGACUGAAAAGUCGCGCGGAAAACCCUGGACAUUUACCGAAAUCCGACCCGAUGGCAUCAUAGGCUUUACACCCACGUCCAACGCAAUGAACCUAUCCCAAGGCAUCGGUCUGUACCUCUCCAUCUACAGAGCCGUACACGGCAAACACGCCGUCGUAACCUUCCCAGGCAACGCGCGCGGAUACCAUUCUACGCACUCUGAUACGUUCCAAGACGUGCUUGCCAAGAUGGAAAUCUACGCUGCGACACACGCCAAAGAGUGCGGCGGUAACGGCCAGGUAUUCAACGUUGCUAAUGGCGCAGCACCUGUUACCUGGGCGCAGAUAUGGCCAAAGCUAGCUGAGCACUUUGGUCUCGAAGCCCAAGGUCCUCCUGCUGCGCCUCAUGAUACCACCGCUGCGACUACUGUUCCGAUGGAGAAGUUUGUCAGGGAUCAUAUCGAGGCGUGGAAGCUGCUUGCGAAGAAGCAUGGGCUCAAGGAAGCUGUUGUCGAUGAGCAGAAUUGGGCGUUUGUGCACUUUAUGCUUGUACAGUUUGAUUUUGAUAGGCAGUAUGAUUUGAGGAGGAGUCGCGAGGUGGGAUUCAUCGAGGAGAUUGAUACGGCGGAAGGGUAUUUCAUUUCCUGGGAGAGGAUGAGGAAGGCGAAGAUUUUACCGCCCGUAGAGGCGUAGAUAGACGUGUAUACUAGGUUAUCGAG